GCUGAGAUAGGAAGUUUAUAUGCAGAAGAAAGCAGGCUGGAUAAUUCUAUCAGGGAAAAACAAGAGGCUCUGAGGGCCCUCGAGGAGGAUGACAAUUAUCAGAAGUACCUAUUUUUGACAGAGGAAGAUGUGAUGAGCCUUCCAUGCUUCCAGAACCAAACACUUAUUGCCAUUAAAGCUCCUCCAGCUAGUUAUAUUGAAGUUCCAGAUCCUGACGAGGAUAUAAGCUUUCCCCAAAGGCAGUUUAAAAUGAUCCUUAGAAGCACAACAGGCCCUAUUGAUUUGUAUCUGCUAAGCAAAUAUGAGAGCAAAGCCGAGGACGCAACACUAAGGCAGGUCAAAACUCCAGAUUCAUCUGCUUGGAAUUGUGAUCCAUACGGUGUUGAAACUUCAGGGGUGUCUUUGGGACACGAUGUUAAGCAAAAUACUUCUUCUAGGACGUUCAUAUCACAGGGCUCAGAGGCAUCUAGGAUUCAGAAAAUAAUUCCUUCAGACUGUGAUAUAGAUGCUGAUUAUUGGUUCCAAUCAGAGCCCGAAGUCAGCAUUACAGAUUUGUGGGGUAACUGAGAAUCUCUUGGCCAUUCCUUUUGUUUCGCCGCUAGCAAACUGGAGAAAGUAUGAAAGCCCGUUUCUUGGACAGGAAAAACUGUAUAUACUCUUUGCCCCCUUCCCUCCAAUAACUUAUGGUAAAGAAGAAUUGAGUUCCGACAGAAAUUCUGCUAGAGUCUGGUGUAGAAUUAGAAAA